AUGAGAUUAAACUAUUGGUAUUACAUAUUUUUUAUAUUAAAAACAUAUUUAUGUGUUAAUUUGAGAAUACCCCAAAAAAAUGCUGCUCUAUUUUUAACCCCAAUUCAUAAUGGCCUAAUAAAUAUUAAUACUACAAAAAAUGUGAAAACAAAAAGAAGAAAAAUAAUCAGCUCAUUUAAAAUCACAAAAAAAAAGAAAUAUAAUUACAGAGCAUAUGCAAAUGACGAAAAAAACACUUCUAGUCAUAGAGAUAAUAAUAAAAAUGAUGACAAUAUUUUAAAAAAAAAACAUUCAGAAAAACAAAUCGAACAAAGUAUAAUACCUUUAAAUAUAGAUUGGAUAAAAGUUAUGAAUCUGAUUUCAUCAAGCAAUGAUGUAAAUACCACUACCCUAGCUUUUAAUGCAGCAUUAUCUGCUGUAGAAAAAAAAGGAUGUUUAACUUCAAUUAUAGAAUUAUUUGAAAUAAUGAAAAAAAAAAACAUAAAACCAGAUUUAAUAUCCUAUAAGCUCAUUUUAUCUUUAUGUGAUAAAUACCAUUUAGCAGAAUAUGCAGAAAUAUUAUUUGAUGAAAUGGUAGAAUCAGAUAAUAUUAGACCAAGUUAUGAAAUAUAUUCUAUCAUGAUAAGUUGUUUUUCAAAAGUUGGAGAUGGACAUAAAGCAAUUGAAUUUUUAGAAAAAUUAAGAAAUGAUCCAUUUGUUGAAAAUAUAAAAGAAUUGGAUUCAAAAUAUGAUAAAGAAAAAUCAAAUAGAUGGGAAAAUACAUUUGCACAAGUUAAUUCAAAAAAUGAUGACAACAAAAUAAAUAAUGGAGAAGAUGAUUCUCCUAAUUAUUAUAAUACUCAAUUUAAAGAAUUAACUGAAAAAAUUAAAAAUGUUGAAAAUAAUAAUAAUAAUAAAAUACAAUAUAGUGAAUAUGCUAAUGUUAUCUUUGCGUGUAAUAUGUCAAAUUUACAUGAACAUGGAAUAAAAUAUUUUGAAGAAUUAUUAAAUAGUACAAAAUAUAUACCUUCUACAUUUAUUUUUGAAAAUAUAUUUAAUCUAUUAGGAAAAAAUGGAAAUUAUGAAAAAGCAUUAGAUUAUUAUAAUAAAAUAAAAGAUGAUCCAAAUUUUAAAAAAUAUAUAAAUGUAAAUAUUUUAAAUAAUAUUUUAAAAUCAUUAAGCUUAAGUAAUAAAAUUAAUAUUAUUGAAAAUAUAUGGAAUAAUGAAUAUGAUGAAUUAUUAUUAGUACAAAAUUCAGUCUCUUAUCAAAUUAUGUUAAAUGUCUAUAGUAAUAUUGAUGAUUAUGAAAAAGCUUUUAAAUUAUUUAAAGAAAUGCAAAUGAAAAAAAUGUUAAAUAAAAAAAAUAUAUUACCAUUUGUGUAUACAAUUAAUUCUUUUAAAAAUUGUGGUAUUUAUAAUUAUUCUAUAUAUGUAUUAAGAAUUGCCAAAUUAAUAGGAAUAGUUGGAAAAGAUUUAUUAUUCUUAUAUAACAAUGCUAUGAUUUCUUGUAUAAAUGCAAAAAAAUAUGACGUUAUUAUAUCUCUUUAUACUGAAUUAAUUGCUUUACAAGAAAAAGACACUUCACUUACCAUAAAUAUCAAUACCCUUAGUUUUGUUCUUUUAGCUUUUAAAGAAUUAAAAAUGAAAGAAGACUUUUUAAAUUUAAAAAAUAUUAUUUUACAAAAAAAUUAUAAAUUAACUCCACUUUGUUCAAAGGUUAUUAAUGAACAAGAAAGCUAG